AUGCCCUCCAGAGUACGUUCUCCAUCUAUCGAGCUAGUGUACGACGGCACGGCGCAGAAGCCCGCCGCCGCUCCGGCUACGACCGCAUCCGGAUCUGCAGUGAGCACCGGCUCGGCAGGCUCGAAGCGCAAGUCAAGCGGUGGAGGUGAAGCGACAUAUGCAACGAAGCGCAAGAAGACCGCCAAGGAGAGCGAUGUUUCCGCUGAGAAGAAAGACCCCGCCGAGCGCUGGAAAUGGAUCGACAGGACGCGACCCGAAUUCGAGUUCAAAGGUACCAAGAUCGAAGCGUUCAACUGUGGAGGCACCUUCUUCAAGUCGUCGGCUAAGACCGUAGCAGACCGUCUCGACAAGCUCGAGAGCUUCCUCGCCGAAUGCGACGGCGACGAGACUGCUCACCCCACCUACGGCUACCCCGAACGCUUCAAGCCUAAGCGCGUCACUAAGAAGAAGGGCGAGCCUGCGGACGACCGUUGGCACUGGCUUGAUCUGCGCCGCCCCGAGGUACGCUUCAAGGGUACCAAGAUCGAGUGCUACAACUGCGGCGGCAUCGUGUUCCGCGCGACGGGCAAGACGGUCGCCGACCGCCUCGAUAAGCUCGAGCAGUUCUUCGCCGAGUGCAAGGGUGACGAGACGCGCCAUCGCGACUACGGCAACUACUAA